AUGUCUUACAACGAUAACAACAGCGGUACUUACGGCUCCGGCGGGGACUCGUUUGGCUCCGGUGGUGCCGGUGGUAACGACAACUUCGGCUCCUCUACUGGCGGCGGCAACCUCGGCUCGUCCGGUGGUAACGACUCCUACGGCUCUGGUGGCCAGUCGGGUGGUAACUUUGGAUCAUCCAACGACGACUCCUACGGCUCUGGUGGUCAGUCGGGUGGUAACUUUGGAUCGUCCGGUGGUAACGACAACUUCGGCUCCUCUACUGGCGGCGGUAACCUCGGCUCGUCCGGUGGUAGCGACUCCUACGGCUCUGGUGGUCAGUCUGGUGGGGAUUCCUACGGCUCUGGUGGUCAGUCGGGUGGUAACUUUGGAUCGUCCGGUGGUAACGACAACUUCGGCUCCUCUACUGGCGGCGGCAACCUCGGCUCGUCCGGUGGUAACGACUCCUUCGGCUCUGGUGGCCAGUCGGGUGGUAACUUUGGAUCAUCCAACGACGACUCCUACGGCUCUGGUGGUCAGUCGGGUGGUAACCUCGGCUCGUCCGGUGGUAACGACUCCUACGGCUCUGGUGGUCAGUCUGGUGGGGAUUCCUACGGCUCCUCGGGCCAGGGCAACAGUGGCGGCGAUAGCACCAUGGGCAAGAUCAUGGAGAAGGCUGGCGGUAUGUUUGGCAGCAGCAAGCUCGAGGAGCGUGGUCAAGAGAAGCGUCAGGCACAGGGAGGGAACAAUGAUAACUACUAG